CGCCCCGGCCGCGGGGCAGCAUGAGCCGCCUGGACCAGACGCUGCAAGCGUUCCUGGGCGCCGAGCCCGGCCCGGCCCGGCUGGGCCAGGAGUUCCAGGACAUCAAGGCCCAAGCCAGCGCCUUCCGGCAGCAACAGGGGUUCUCCGCGGAGGCUGGGGGCAGGAAAGAGAAUAUCAAGAAGAAUCGGUAUAAAGACAUCCUGCCAUAUGAUCAGACCCGGGUCAUUCUGAAUCUCUGCACGGACGAAGGGCAGACGGACUAUAUCAAUGCCAGUUUCAUCCAGGGGGUAAAUAACAAGAGAUGCUACAUCGCGACCCAGGGGCCGCUGCCUCACACCGUCCUGGAUUUCUGGCGCAUGAUUUGGGAAUACGGGGUGAAGGUAAUUGCCAUGGCCUGUCGGGAGGUGGAGAUGGGGAAGAAAAAGUGUGAACGCUACUGGCCGCUGAAGCAAGAACCGCUGCAGAUCGGGCCCUUCUCCAUCAUACAGAUCAAGGAGCAGGAGCUGAAUCCGGACGUGAUAGUCCGCACGCUGAGCGUCAGCUUCCAGAACGAGGAGCGCCCCCUCACCCAUUUCCAGUACGUGGCCUGGCCGGACCGCGGGAUCCCGGACAAUUACAGCCAUUUCCUGGAGAUGAUCGAGCACGUGCGAUUGAAACAGGGGGACGACUCAGCCCCCAUCUGCGUGCACUGCAGCGCUGGCUGUGGCCGGACCGGCGUGAUCUGCAUCCUGGAGCACGUGAGACACCUUCUCCUCCAACAGAGCAUCCCCCCGAAUUUCAGCAUUUUCGACAUCGUCCUAGCGAUGAGAAAGCAGAGACCAUCGGCUGUCCAGACGCUGGAGCAGUACGAGUUCCUGUUCCACGCCGUGGCCGAGAUGUUCCGCUCCGCCCUGGCCACCGCCAAGUACGAGAACCUCAAGGAGAACCAGCUGCCCCUGUACGACGACGCCGUGUCCCUGCGCCGCCCUGCGUCCCUUGGCAAACACAGCAGCGUCUUACGGGAGGCCUCAUUGUUUUCUCUUCCGCCAGCCUCCAGCUCCCCCCGCCUUGAGUCUACGGACAGCUACGAGCCCGUGGACGCCUCACCUGGAAGGAGCUGCAGCCCCCUCGCCUCCCCGGGCAACGGUCUCGGCUAUAACUUCCGCAUCGGGAAGCCAAAAGGCCCCCGCGACCCCCCGGCUGAGUGGACGCGGCUCUAGGGGGCCUGUGGGGUGGGUGGGGGCACUGGGGCCUGUGCCCCUCCCACCCCAACCCCAGAUGGACUGAGCCAAGCCGCAGCCCCGGCAUCACCCCCCGGCACAGAGCGAACCACCAUCAACUGACAGCAGCCUGGGAGCCAGGACUCCUGGGUUCCCUUCCAGGCGCAGGGAGAAGAGUAACGAACACCACCUUUAACUCAGUGGGGCACCGCUGCAAGCUAGGCCCCAGAGCUUGGGGGCACGGGGCUAAAUCCCCCCCCCCCCGCGGCAAGAUGGGAACAGCUGUGAACAGACAGCAGCAGAAACCAAACCAAGGGUCGAACCAAGCUGUGUAUUAAAGCAGACCCUACAAAAAUAAAAGUGUGAAAACAA